UACAGUUGAUGAUUACUUCAAUAGCUUAUUCAAUUUAAGGUGUAGUGGAGGCACAGUGAAAGUGAAACGAUCGACCUCCAGUCACUGAGUGUUGUUCCAACUACGAUGUCGAAGCAAAUAGCACAUUCAGUGCAGUAAAAACUUGUAUAACAAACUUACGACAAUUGUUUCAGUUCAAUCGGCCGAGCCGUUACCUUUUCACCAAAACUGCGACCAUAUGUGUCCUUUGAGGAGCUACAGUUAUCCCAAACAGAAAGCAACCUUCAAAGUCUUCAAGGAACAAAUUGAAAAAUGAGAAUACUCACAACAUUACGAAAUGCGUCAGGAUCCACUUUUGGACAACAGCUAGGCUUAGUCGAUCGACCCUUGACAAACAACAACAGACUCAGUAAAGUGGCGACGAAUGCGUCAAAUAUCAUCUCUUUCUUCCAAGCCUCGCUUCACUAUCAUCGAUAAGAGCAGGAGCAGGAGACACCUCCAAGAACACCUUCUUAGAACUGAAUCACAAACGCGAAAUUUGAGUUCGCUAAAUAGAUCUUACUUUGCAUGACAAGUCACGUGCUCUUGCAGACUGUCUGUGGGAAUUCGACGGGGCAGUUUGGUGUAAAACAAUUAAUCGUAAACAAGAAUUAAAAAAACGCAAUCAUCAUUCCCGCAUAAAGAUUUCUAUUUAUAGCAGAAUGCGUGUUGCACGGGAACAGGUCAUGCCUUGGCGUAUUUUGCCUUUCGUUUUUCCUUUCUGGGAAUUGACGAUGGUUUUGUUUACAAUGUAAAUUCUUUCGUCACACAACGAUUCUGUCACUUGCUCCAGUCCGGGUGUGCGAAUACAUUUGACCAGCGGCUUUCAUUCGUUACCAAGGUAACCGCGUUGUUGUACUAAGGAAUGGCUGAGAGAAUCUGACUCGCCAAGUGAACAGCAAUUUACCAAUUUUCUCACAAAUACAAGGCAAAAGAAAGUUUUCUACAUCUUCGAAGCACAGAAAUAUGGGACGUCUUCCUUAUGGACCAGGAAAUGCCCACAUUUUACAAAGUAAGGGUGCUGAUGUUGGGGUCAUGAAAUUCUACUGUACAGAAUAUUCAACCCAUUAUGGUAAAGAAGGUUUCAUUCCCCGGACUGGUCGUCAUUCAGGCACUGGAUACCAGUCUAAUUUUAGACCAGGAGUGUAUUACAGUCGGCGCCUUGAUGAACUUGAUAACCCAGCCAUGGGACGUCUUCUGACAGACAACUAUGCGUCCAUAACCAAGAAACAUUUUUUGCCUUCCAAAGGAUCAGGUGGCUCUGAUCCUUUUUCCAGAGGGCUCUACAUGACAGCAACAAGUGGAUUUGUGAAGGAUAUUCCUGUCACUAUUCCAAGAUCAAGACAGGUGAGUGAUGUACACAUUGACACCAGGGCAAAAGGAACAGUUUAUCCAUUUCACCGUCCCCUGCUGCACACUCUGAAACAGAAGGAUCCUAUCUCCAGAGAAAAUGCUUUCCACGGACCAAGCUACAUGUCAACUGAAAGCCAUACAAGUUUCCUUGGAAAACCCAGUCAGAGAAUGGACACUUCAACCAAGAGUGUGGGAUACAAAGAAGGAUCAGGCUUUACACAUGCUUAUAAUGACGAGCCAAUCACUUUCAACCCAAUGGAGGCUCAUGAAGGAAUAAGAGAUCCACGAUGGACACACAGGCCAACAGGCUUCAGUAUUAUGAAGAAAGAUUUUCUUCCAGUUGAAUAUCUUCAUGGCAAUGAGAGUUUACCAGUUUUGUCUAAUGGAUCAGAACGAGGCACUGGGUUUACUCAUGGCACAAAAGCAAGGCCAGUUUUUUAUUCAAAGGUGGGACAGGAUUACACGAAGCUUGGCGACCUUCACCCUCGGGUCCAAGAGCGAGUGAAGAAGAUGGAUCCAGCUGAGUAUUCUAACAUGGUUAACCCUCAUGCUUUCGCCAGCACUGCCAAGAUUUCAUUCAAAGGCAAACAGAGAAAUGAUCCUACGGAAGCAGAGAGACUGGGUAAUACAUCCACAGGAACAAAGGAGCUGACAGGAUACAGCGAAAAUAAUGACCAGUAUUUUGAGACAGCUGAGACUACAGACUCUCUUAAGAGAUUUGAAACUCAUUAUAAUGCCAAGCAUUAUGACAUGAAUCCACGGGGCGAGGACCGCUUGGGGACAACUGACGGCAACGUGAUGAUUCAACUACCAAAUGGCUUCACCAAAGGAACCAGCGUCCAUACACUGGGACCUGAUGUUAACACUACAGCUGAGCUCCGCUGGCACAAGCCCUAUGUUUCUAGGAGUAUAAAGGCCAGAGAUCCCUAUUACGACGACCACACGCAUGACGCAAAAUUGCGUACCACUGUGCCAAUAACUGCUUGAUGGGUUGAAACGAUCGUUCGUCCAGACUUUAUCGCCGAUAAGAAUGAAGUUACGAAGUAGUCGUACCCAACUUUUUUUCGUUUUCAGUUUAACUUUAAUAAUGUUUGCCAUUUCAUACCUUCUGUAGGUCGAAAAUCAGUGUUCUUUAGGUCGAAAAUAAGUGUUUGGUGAUAGUAAAUUGAAAAAUAUUCGUUCAGAGAUGUUCGUUCUAGUUCUACACCCCCACUCAAAUCCAUUUCCGUUUACAAAAUUGCGUCAUGAUAAAAGGGUGAGGAGCGAACAUCUUUCAAAGCUACCCUCCCUUGUACAAGGUCGUGUAUAGAACUAAAACGCUGCACCAUUUUUCAUUUUUUAUUUUCCUUUUUUUACUGAGAAAUAAAUCUAAAACGAUUGGAUAGAAUGUAGCCAAAGCCACUGAAUACAUGAGAGCACAAACUUUAAUCAUCAACAACAACCAAGUGUAUCAAAAAUAUUUUGUUUUAUUUGUCAAAAGUAGCAAAUUUACUAAUCCUUAAACUAAGAAUAAAGAGAACAUAAAUUUAACUCCUUUCUUUAUCGUGGAUUCUUCAGACUGAUCUCUCUGUCCUAUCACAGGACAGUAAAUACCCUUCCAUUUCAUCCCGAGAAUAAUCUUACGAGGUGCCAAAAGCCGCCACCGUUGGUUUCAACGAGAGAGGAGAUACCCGAAUACAUCAAUUGUGGCUUAAUUUUUUUGUUGUUUCUGUCAUUGUUGUGGUUUGACUUAAAAAUGUCCUAAUAAAUGAAUUGUUUUUGCGGAAUGAAGUUAGUCACAGAAGCAAUUUCCGUGUUUUAUCUUUUUUCAAGUCAUCAUCCUUCUUAUUCUUCAGGCAAAACAGAGUCAGUGGCACUAGACCAGCCACAUGUGUCACAA